AUGCCCACUUUAACCUUGAUAACGGCCACGGAUCGUGACUGGCCUUUUCUUGCCCUUGAGUCCCUCGGCGUCAAGCAGGAGCUCCAGCGCAACUUCAGCCGCGUCUCCAUGCUGGGUCUGGCCUUUGCCAUCCUGAACAGCUGGACCGCCCUCGCCGCCUCUCUCUCUUUGGCUCUUCCCUCUGGAGGCGCCAGCGCCAUCCUCUGGGGUCUGAUCGUCGCAGGCCUGUGCAACCUGUGUCUCGCCGCGUCCCUCGCCGAGUUCCUGUCCGCCUACCCAACCGCCGGCGGCCAGUACCACUGGGUUGCCAUCAUCAGCUGGAAGCGCUUCGCCCGUGCCAUCAGCUACUCGACCGGCUGGAUUAACGUCGCCGCCUGGGUGUGCCUGACCGCCACCGGUGGUCUGCUGGGCAGCCAGCUGAUCUUGGGCGUCAUCUCGCUGAUGCACCCGAGCUACGAGGCCGAGGCCUGGCACCAGUUCCUCAUCUACAUCGCCUACACCCUCGCCGCCUUCCUCAUCAACACCUUUAUGAACCGGCUGCUUCCUUACUUCAACAAGGCCGCCUUCCUCUGGUCCCUUGCGGGCUUCGCUAUCAUCUGCAUCACCGUUCUCGCCUGCGGCUCUCCCAACUACCAGAGCGCCUCGUUCGUCUUUGGCGGGUUUAUCAACGAGUCUGGCUGGCCCGAUGGGCUGGCCUGGCUGCUCGGCCUCCUCCAGGGCGCUUUCGCGCUGACGGGCUUCGACGCGACCAUCCACAUGAUCGAGGAGAUCCCCCGCCCCCAGAUCGAGGGCCCGAGGAUCAUGCUGGCCUGCAUUGUCAUCGGCAUGUUCACCGGCUUCAUCUUCCUCAUGUGCCUCCUGUUUGUCGUCACCGACGUCGACGGAGCCAUCGAGUCGGCCGCCGGUCCCCUCCUGCAGAUCCUGUACGACGCCACCAGCAAUAAGGCCGGCGCCGUGUGCCUGCUCAUGUUCCCCAUCGUGUGCAUGCUCUUCACCACCACCUCCAUCAUGACCACCUCCAGCCGUAUGAGCUACGCCUUUGCCCGCGACCGCGGCCUGCCCUUCAGCCGCGUCUUUGCCAAGGUCCACACCGGCCUGGACGUGCCCCUGAACGCCCUCAUCUGGACCACCGUCUGGGUCAUCAUCUUUGGCUGUGUCUUCUUGGGCUCCUCCAGUGCCUUCAACGCUAUUACUGCUGCCAGUGUCGUCGCCCUGGGCGUCACCUAUGCCAUUCCCCCUACCAUCAAUGUCCUUCGGGGCCGCAAGAUGCUGCCCGAGAGCAGGUCCUUUAAGAUGUCCAACUGGCUCGGGUGGUUGACCAACCUGGUCGGCAUUGCCUGGACCCUCCUGACCACGGUGCUCUUCGUCUUCCCCCCCGACAGCCCCGUCACCCCGGACAACAUGAACUACGCCGUUGUCGCUUUCGGUGUCGUCCUGGUCAUCGCUGUUGUCCAGUGGCUCAUCGACGGCCGCAAGAACUACGAGGGUCCUCACAUCGACCCAGAGGCUAUGAGCAAGGGCGUCGUCGAGGGCAUCACGGGUGUCGAGAGCUCGCACUCGGGUGGCGAGACCUCUGACGCCAAGCUGGCGGAGCAAUAA